UCAGAAAUUGAAUUUCUUAGUUGUAACACUAACAUAAAAGAUAAUAUUGUAACUGGAUUAAUGGAAACAUGCAAAUCUAUUAGAAAAUUGGAACUUAUUAUCGAAACAGGAAAAAAUAAUUAUAAGAUUGUUGAAUUAAUCAAAUCCAUAAAAAAAUUAUAUAGUAUUAACUUAAUGUGUUAUUCAUACGAAAGUGAAUCAUUUUGUGAAACUCUUGAAAAUUCAUUGAUUAAACAUGCAAAUACCAUAAAAUAUUUUAAGACAACAAAACGUCCUAGCACGAAUAUACUUUCAUAUUUUAUUAAUUUAAGAGUAUUAGAGUUAGAUAGUUUUCAUUAUAUGCCAUGGAAUUGUUUAGAAAAUUUAUCUUUACCAUUCUUAAAAAUCUUAAAAGUCAAACAUGUUCUAACAGAUAAUUUAACAGGUUUAAUUGAAAAUACAAGUGGAACUCUUAUUGAAAUAAGUAUUACUUGGCGAAUAUGUCAUAGUAAGAUUAAUUAUAAGAAAAUUAUUCAGGCUAUAUAUCAAAAUUGUCCAAAUCUUAAGUAUCUUAAAUUAGUGAUUAAAAAAAAAAAUAUUAUUGAUCUAGAAAAAUUAUUAAUUCAAUGUCAAUAUUUAGAAGGAUUAUAUCUUGUUAUUGAAGAUAAAGUGGAUGAAUUUAAUUUGAACAAUUUAUUCAAAGUAUUGGCCAAUUCAUCACCAACUAAUUUGUUUAAAUUUAAAUUUUCUUUUUUUGAAAUUAAAUUUAAUUCUUUGAAAUUAUUUCUUGAUAAUUGGAAAGGUAGACAUCCCAUGUUAUUACAAUUUGGCAGCGAUCAAUUGGAUGAAAUAAAAGAUUUGAUAGAAGAAUAUAAAUCAGAAAGAAUAAUUAAAAAUUGUGAUUAUAAUUUUCAUGAUGAAGAAUUUGAAUGGUCUAAUUAAUUUAUUGAUCUAUUCUGCAAUAUAGAUUGAUGAUAAAUCAGAAUAUCAUAAGAGUUGCUAAAUGAAUCACAAACAAAUAUUUAAAUGAAGUGCGUUCUUUUACUAUAUUAUUUCUUUUAUAUUAUUUCUUAUUAGUUUAUUGUAUUACUUUAGCCUUCAUGAGAAUAAAUUGGACUUUUCGUUAUUAUGAGGUAUUAAAAGGGAAUUCAUUUAAAAUAUAUAAACAUUAAG